AUGGGUGACUGGUCACUGCUUGGCCGACUCCUGUCGGAAGUACAGAACCAUUCUACAGUGAUUGGGAAGAUCUGGCUGACGGUGUUGUUGAUAUUCCGCAUUCUGCUGGUGACGCUGGUCGGUGACGCGGUCUACAGUGAUGAACAGUCCAAGUUCACCUGCAACACUCGCCAGCCCGGCUGUAACAACGUUUGCUACAACACCUUCGCCCCCAUCUCUCACCUCAGGUUCUGGGUCUUCCAGAUCGUGCUGGUGUCCACCCCCUCCAUCUUCUACAUUGUCUACCUCCUCCACAAAAUAGCAAAGGACGAACAGUACGAAAUGAACAAGGGGCAUCAGCAGGAGUCGCCAAGCGACCCCACACCUGGUGGGCCCCUCCUAGAGGAUGAAAUCCUGGCGCAGAGUUCAGAAGCCGUCAACCCUGGGGAGGCGGGACUCGAUGGAAGAUACGGGGAAUAUGAAAUGGAAGGCAUCAAGAGUAAUAAAAGUGGCGAUCCCAUCUAUCUUUCAAACAAGGUUCUAUCCGUCUAUAUCAUCCACGUCAUGCUGAGAGCUGUUAUGGAGAUAAUAUUCUUAUUGGGACAGUACUAUCUAUAUGGAUUCAAUGUGCCUUGUUUGUUUGUAUGUUGGACCUAUCCUUGUCCGACCAAAACCGACUGUUUCGUAUCAAGGGCGACGGAAAAGACUAUUUUCUUAAACUUUAUGUUUUGCGUGAGUCUGGCCUGCUUUCUGCUGAACAUAGUGGAGCUGCACUACUUGGGCUGGGUCUACAUAGCUCGUGUCUUGUGCAAAACCUGUUCACCUUGCUGCAAGAAGAGACAAGGGAGAGGACGGAGCCAAUGUCCACGGCAAAACCCCCUGCUCUUGGCGCUGAAGAAAUCGUUCUACGACAAUUUGAUGUUGAAGUCGUCGGCAGAACUACUGCAACACCGGCCAGUGUACCUGCCGCACCAGGCCUCCAUUUCAAUGGAAUCUGAAUCUAUAGAGAAAACUCGAAGAAGUUUUGACGGGAAGGAACAUAUAAAGUUGCAGCGCGCAAACCUAAACAGAUCCGCUAAAAGCAAGAAGGUUUGGAUUUAAAACGCCACAGAUUACACUUCUUCACGUUCAACGCAAGCACAAAAAGUAUGGUGGAAGUACAACAACUUAAAAGGACAUGUGAACACAAAAGAACUCAGAGUGCUGGAGUAACUCAGCGGGUCAGGCAGCA